UUUAUCUCCAGACCCUUGUUCCUCUGCCGCGGUUCGGCCGGCGCGGGGCCCCAUGUGCCGUGCUCCACAGCCUCCGCGGACCUGGACAGCAGCGGUGCUCACCGCAGUGUUGAUGUCGAAAAGCGGCAUGACCCACAGUGGGUUCCUAUGGCGGCAAGCGUUCUCGAGGUCACCAGCCGUUCAGAUGAGAGUUAGAGAACGCGCACGCGUGAACACGGACGUGUCCUUGGAGUCGCCUUUGGACAAUGCCUUGAAGAGCCCGUGGUUUCCGCAACGGAAACCCUUGCCCGAGCGCCUGGUGCGCUUGGGCCACUGUCUGCAAGUGCCCGCGCUGGGCUCGCCGAAGCAGGAUCACCAGCUGGCACACCUGCUGCUUGCUGACAUCCAGAAUGAAGGAAAGCACCUCAGGAUGCACCGCAGUAAGCGCCACCAGCAGAUUUGGGGGGAGCACCUCAAGGGCUCCAAGACCUUCACGGCGGUGGUGGCACGACUGGUGUCGCUCUUUGGGAUGUCCAUGGUGGACUGUUGGGUGAACGUCUAUCGGAAUGGUCUGGAAGAGAAGUCGCCACACCACGAUAACUACAAGGACCGAGCACCUCGGCCUUCGGUGACCUUGGGCCUCAGCUUAGGGAGCCCGCGCGACAUGCUCUUCAAAGACAGGUGGAGUGGUGAAGAGUUCCGCGUUGAGCAGAGGAACGGUGACCCGAUCUGCAGCGAGCAGCGCAGCAGAGCUUGGAUGUGCAGACGACCGAUCGACGGCGAUGUGUUUGCCUUCGACACCUGCUUCAACAACCAGUUCACACAUGCCAUCCCCUCCUCAAGAGAAGACGGAUCGGGGCUGCGCUUGUCGAUCAUCGUGUGGGCCACGGCCGGGCAGAGCUUAGCCGUGCCACAGGUGAUCCGCAAGGGCCCAGGUUUUCCAGUGGAAGAAGUGGUGAAGUGGUCGGACUGGGACUUGGCGGAUGGUCUGUGGUCGGACUCCAGCGCACUCGCCGGCGACCUGUGAGCGCGCCAGCCCAGCUCGUGCGGCCGUGCCGCCUGCCGCGGGGCCAGGGGGUUGGGUGUCCAACAACUGGAGUUGCACUCUGACA